GAACCUAAAGGAGAAUUUGAUUUGACUUUUUCAUUAUUGAGGUUUUUAAGGGAAAUUGCCUUUUCACAACCAGGACACACCCAAGAGAAAUGAAGCAGCAGACUUGAGCGUGACUUCGAUAGCUCCUGGUGUUUUUUCCAGGGAGGUGGUUUCAGGAUGGUGAUGUCCCAGGGCACCUACACAUUCCUGGCCUGUUUCGCCGGGUUCUGGCUGAUCUGGGCGGCUGUGGUCCUCUUCUGCUGCUUCUGUAGUUUCCUCCAAAGACGGUUAAAGCGCCACCGAGAGGAGAGGCUGAGGGAGGCGGAGUCUGUGUCCUGCCACGCCCCCACGCACCCCUCCACUCACACGACACCCGCCCCGCCCCCUACCGCGCACCCUAGGGAAACUGCACAGCUCUGCUCGUCACAGGUCUGCCCCCUACAGGCUGUUUCCGGUACUACGCCGCUGCAGAUCCCACACCCGCUGCCACAGGCCAACUGGGUCACCAUGCCGCCAGACACAGAGGUUUUUGGGAAGCCCCCGUGUUAUGAAGAGGCUGUUCUGAUGGAAGAUCCUCCCCCUCCGUACAGCGAAGUUUUAGCUGACCCCAGGGGUGGGACUUACCUCAAGCCAGGUGUUCUCCGUCCCGCUGCUUGCUAUGGCCAAGCUCCUUGCCACGCCCCCUGCUCUCCCCCGCCCGUGUUCUCUGAGCGGGGGUACUCCUCGCUGAUCCGCCUGCCGUCCUCGCAGCGCUGGGACUCUUUGGGGCACCUCUUAUCCAACAUGGACCUGAACUACAACCACCUGACGCCCCCUAGUGUCCGCUCGAUGCACACCUCUGUGGGGGCCAUGGCGACAAUGCCAAGGCGGGACCCUCGGACACCCCACGAGCUGAGACUGCAGGCCGGGUACAGCUCUCUACAAGGACGUACCAACCAGAGGGACCACCGGGGGCUCCACAGGGUAAGGGGGCUGGAGCAGAACUGCGGCCUGCCUACGGCCCUCCCUCUGCUGGGGAGGAGCACCGCCGUCUAGCCCCCAUCCUGGAACACCCACGUGAUGACUCGAGCCAUUAAGAUAUUGACAUUAAAGGGCCUAUAUUACGCUAUUCUCAUAUCU